CCCCGCCGCCCCCGCCCCUUCCCAUCCCUCCACACAUGCACUCGUCCGCUCUUCGACCGCCGCGGCUUGUUCGCUUGCUACCGCGAGCACCGAGGCGACCUCCGCACGUCAGGAGCGUGUGCGCGACUCCAAUUCCUCAACGCCAGGUGCCGCUCCCGUCGAGGCUCGUCGCGAGUCGGUCCGUCGACCGCCGCCCUCUCCCCGAGCAGAGAUGCCUCCUCCGGCGGGGGGCCCCGCAGGAUACGCCCCUCCCGAGGGGGGCUGGGGCUGGGCCGUGGUGGCGGGCGCCUUCAUCUCCAUCGGCUUCUCCUACGCCUUCCCCAAAUCCAUCACCGUCUUCUUCAAAGACAUCGAGGUGAUCUUCGACGCCACGCCCAGCCAAGUGUCCUGGAUCUCCUCCAUCAUGCUGGCCGUCAUGUACGCCGGAGGUCCCAUCAGCAGCAUUCUGGUGAACAGGUUCGGCAGCCGACCGAUCAUCUUGCUGGGCGGCUGCCUGGCGGGCUCGGGGCUGGUCGCCGCCUCCUUCUGCGACACGGUGUCGCAGCUCUACUUCUUCAUCGGCGUGGUGGGAGGACUGGGCCUGGCGUUUAACCUGAACCCGGCACUCACCAUGAUCGGCAAGUACUUCUACAAGCGUCGCCCCAUCGCCAACGGCAUCGCCAUGGCGGGCAGCCCCGUCUUCCUGUCCACGCUGGCGCCGCUCAACUCGUGGCUGUACGACCGCUUCGGCUGGAGGGGCAGCUUCCUCAUCCUGGGGGGUCUUCUGCUCAACUGCUGCGUGGCCGGCUCGCUCAUGCGCCCCAUCGGGCCCCGGCCCUCGCCGGCCGUCGCCCGGGACGACGGCGAGGGCGAGGGCGAGGGCGAGGCGCGGCCCAAGAAGACGGCGCUGCAGACGGUCAACUCCUUCAUCGACCUGACGCUGUUCCGGCACCGCGGCUUCCUGCUCUACCUGCUGGGCAACGUGAUCAUGUUCUUCGGCCUGUUUGCGCCGCUCGUCUUCCUGUCCAAUUUCGCCAAGAGCAAAGACGUCAGCAAGGAGAAGGCGGCCUUGCUCCUGUCCAUCCUGGCCUUCGUGGACAUGUUUGCCCGGCCCUCCAUGGGCCUGCUGGCCAACACCAAGUGGGUGCGGCCGCGGGUGCAGUACUUCUUCGCCGGCGCCGUGCUCUACAACGGCGCGUGCCACGUCUUGGCGCCGCUCUGCAGCGACUACACGGGCUUCGUGGUCUACGCUGUCUUUUUCGGCUUCGCCUUCGGCUGGCUCAGCUCGGUGCUCUUCGAGACGCUGAUGGACCUGGUGGGGGCGCAGAGGUUCUCGUCCGCCGUGGGCCUGGUCACCAUCGUGGAGUGCGCCCCCGUGCUGCUGGGCCCCCCGCUGACAGGAAGCUUCUACAACUACUACCAGCACUACGACUACACGUACAUCUCGUCCGGCGUCAUCCUGAUGGUGGCCAGCCUCUUCCUCUUCGCGGGGAUGGGCAUCAACUACAGACUGUUGGCGCGAGAGGAGAAGGACAAGGAGAAAGGAGAGCCCAAGGAGGAGCGCGCCGCCAUGCUGGCCCCCGCCUCGCCCCCCGAGGCCCAGGCAGACCCGGAGGCCGCCGGCAAGCUGGAGGAGGAUUCCAAGGUGGAUGAGAACACGGUGUAGGAGCGCCCGCCGCAGACUCGGCGAGACCGACGCACGGCAUCACGCAAAAACGCCCCCCCCCCCCCUGUUUCAGUUCCCAAUUUGCAGCGCACUCUCAUCUGGUUUUGCUUGCCUGCGUGUUAUUGUCGUGACUCUCAGGGCCUCCGGCUGCCAAAAGGCGGCGCUCGCACUCACACGCACACACCCACGUCAUCACAGAGUGGUGACGUCAGCACAGUAUUUGAAAGAUGUGAAGCGCACGCACGUCGCGUAGCCCCGGACAAAUAUAGGAGCUCCAAGUAGAUGGACGAUCAAAUUCCAAGGUGCCACUGUGGUGUUUUUUUGUAUUUCACUUCCAGAAAGUGUCAACUUAGUUUUAGAAGCGACCGAAGUCACCGCGUGUCGUCUUUUUUUUUGGUUUUGUUUUUAAGUUUAGGAGAGGAGCGUUUUGUUUGCACACGGCCAAUGGCGGUGAUGAAACACGUGCCAACAAUAGCCCGCGCUUGCCAUUAGCGAACACCAAAAGCGGUAAGAGAAAAUAGCAUUUAUCGUUUGUUUCCCCUCCUAUUAGCCACGUAUUUGUGAAUGAUAACUUGGUUCCUUUUCUCCCCCGAUCUCCUCGCGUUGCUCUCGAUCUUUCGCUAACUUUUUGGCUUCUCAAAGCGCGUCGGUGCAUUUCCCCAACGGUCGGCCGCGUUUUACAAGCAAAAGCGUUUCAUUGGACAAAAGUAAACCCGAAUCUCCUCUUCGUGUGCAAUGCGGGCCUGUUGGGAUUGAUUCAAGGCUGUCGUUCCGGUGUCCGUAUUUGGACGGCAUCGAGUGAUGAUCCACAUCGUGCCUUCUGCCAUCGCCCGGAAGGCUCGCUCGUGAUCGUUGUGCGGAUACACAAAGACACAUGAUUUGGAGUCGGCGAAUCCUUUUCUGAGCAACCAAAUGAAUUCGCGACGACCACAGUGCCGCUUGCGGUCCGACAUCGCCCUCUGGUGGCCAAAUACUUGUGUUUCCGCUCCAAUUUCGUCACACCCACAUAUGAUCGAUACAACUUUCCACGCUGACCUGCCCAGCAGGAUCAAGACGCAAAAUCUGAAGCCUUUCGCGGUGAAGAGGGGAUGGGAACAACCAAGUUUUCUUUCGUACAUAUAUACUGUAUGUUUUUUGCCUUUGAGUUUGACAUUCUGGAGGAGAGGCGUUUUGUUUUCAUGAAAUGUCUGGAAAAUAGGCCGUGUUUGGGUUUUCAAA